GUGUCUGGCUGAUCCAAAAGUCCGCUUUGCGUCACCCUGUGAGGACAGGCAGGCUUAUAAAGCGCAGCAACGCUCCACAACCGCACAACACUUCAUUUUUUCCUUUUUCUUUUGUCGAGAUCAACAGUAAACCGACGUCAAAAUGAGACUGUACCUCGCAGUUGCCGUACUGAUGCUGGCCUUUGUGGCUUACACAGAGGCUCAGGAUGGAGAUCAGACCUACACUCAGCUAAAAGACCAGAUCACAGAGUUUGGCAAGACUUUUGCUGAGAAGGCCAAAAACACAUUUGAGACCAUUCAUAAUAGUGAAUUUGCAGAGACCACCAGGAACUGGUUCACUUCAGCAUUUGAUAAGUUAAAGACCAAGUUUGAAGAGAUAAACCAAAACAAGUAGAUGUGGUUCCUUUGUCCAUGCUGCUAUCUGUUCUGCUCCACCAACCCUGCCAACCCUCCGCCCACCAGCUUUAGAUACUGAAAUGUUUCAUGACAUUGCACUGCACCUUGACGAGACGGCUAGCAUGCCUGUCUGUGAACAAUUAUUGUUACUGUAAUUUUCUGCAGGAGAAAAGAGGAAUUCAAAUAAUUCUGGUAAAAAAAAAUUCUGGCAACAAAAUUGUUUGUCAGCAAACAAAAUAAAAUUCUUUAUAAACCAGAAAA